AAUCCCCGCCACUCAAUUCUUCCGCAUACCAAGCGGAGAAGCGUCGGCAAUGCUCUCUCAACAGGCUAUGGAGACAUCAGACCUGCUUGAACUAGUUUGGACGGUAUACCUGUCGGUUCACGAUGUACCGAAGACUGCUGAUCAUUGUGUUGUUGCGCGCGUAACGUUUCCCGGUGUAGUUACCUAGGUACUUAACGCAUGUCGCUCCCAGAAUCGUCGAGGAUGUAGUCGCGUGUAGUCGCGAUAACAAUCAUGAGAUCUGCCAUCCUUGUUGCGGCGAGCUUCGCUGCAGAAGCAGUUGCGACUGCGAUCGGGAACAAGAAAACGACUCUUACCGCAGAAGCACAGAGUCUGUUCGAUCACUCUAUGUUUGUUCAAGACAAUCGAUAUGAUACGUCCUUGAACUACAUAGCGUACGGUGACAAGGGUGAUUGGUCCGUUCGAUUCACAGCCUGGUACUUGGCGGGUCUGUUGCACCGCAAUGAAGGCGAUGAUCUUGAGCACGCAAAGGCCGCCAUCGACAACAUUAUCUCUGUUCAGAUGACAGACGACUUUGACGCUGCGUGGUAUGGAACCUACAAGCUCUCGCCCGAUCAGCCUGACCCAACGCCAAACUCGACCUUGUACCCGCCGAAGAUUUACGAUACCUACGACCCAAACUGGCGCGAGUUUAUUGGCACACAGCUAGUUCAGGUUGUUGAGGAGUUUGGGCAUCUGCUUGACAGCGAUAUGGUCACUCGCAUUGAGGACUCUCUCGAAAUCGCAGCAGUAGGCGGUAUGCGCCGCAAUGGCACCUUCCCCGAGGGCGAUAACUUGACACUGGGUUACAGCAAUCCUUCGAUGAUGCGUGCACUGGUAGUUGGCUGGAUCGGCGCUCGAAGAAACAAUUCCGAGUUUAUUGAUUUUGCCAACGAUCAAGGUACUAAGUUGCUUCAACUUUUCCAGCUCAAUGGCGCAAACACGCUGUCAGAAUACAAUGCUCCAAAUUACUACGGAAUCGACAACUGGGCACUAGGUGCACAGCUGAAGUACGGACCCAAGGAUCAGACUUUUACAGCCAAUGCGAAUGUCAUCCUCGAAGAACUUUGGCGCGAUUUCGAACAGCACUACAAUGGCUACCUCGGCCAAGUAGUCGGCCCAUACGACCGUGCUUACACCCGCGAUUUGGUGAAGCACUCCUCUAUUCUGCCAAUGUUCUUCUGGGGCAUGUUUGGUCACCAGUACGGGCCCCAGCCAUACAAACUCGAAGGCGAUCUUCUUUUCGAUAUCGCCCAGGGUGCAGCAGUCGCGCUCAUCAUCGAAACCGUCAAAGCUGUCAUCCCAAUAGACGUACAGGAGAAACUGAAGGGCACGUUCGUCGGUCCGCCGCGUCACCUGAACAAGACCGUUUACGAUGAUCUCGAGGGGAAGCACUCACGCAUCGCAACAUCUUGGGUUAGCCACGACCUCAUGAUCGGCGGACAGCAACUCGAUGAGGAGAAGAACAGAGGCGAUCAAUUCGUACCGGCUAUCGUGCACUGGGGUGGUGACAAGGAUCGUAAACCGUUUCCGCUGACUACUUUCUUUUCGCUGUAUCCGAGUGCGAGUAGCAUUCAUGCUAUUGCUGAGCCAAACCGACUGACAGUGAGCUAUCCUAACACUACGCAGGUGGGGAGUGACAUCUUUACAUUUGCCUUGAGUAAUGUACCGCCGAAAUGGACGCUCGCAGGGAACACAGUCACAGGGCUGGAUGGAAAGUUGCCGUGUGUGGAUAUCAAAGUCAAUGCGACGGGACUGGAGGCUCAACCUGUGACGUAUGGGAAGGCACUUAGGAACCACUUGUUUUACAACAUCUCGUAUGUUGUACCUGAGGACUUUGAAGGGAUACCCACGGUAGUGCUUGAUAUUGAGUACACUUGUUGAGACGUGUCAUCAGACGCGUGAAGUCUGUUCGAGAAGCAUCGACUGAUUGGUUGAGCCCGCUUCAAUAAAUCAUGUAGGGUAUACUCCUGAGCCUGUCUAA